AUGGACAAGAACCUGUUGGAAGACCAGCGAUAUGUGCAAAACAAAACCCCGAAACGAAGCUGGUGGAUGAUUCUCUGCGCGGCCGUAGCUACUGGCUGGUUUGCUUGGCCGUAUCUGUGUUGUUCGCCUCCACUUAGGAUCGAGGACAGAGUGGAGCGCAUCCUAUCACAAACGCCCUUGAUCGACGGUCACGAUGACUUCCCCAAUUUCGUUCGGGAGGUCUUCCAUAAUCGCAUCAAUGAUCGCAAUUUUACUGAUGCCUUUGUCAAGGGCACGCUGCCAGGCCAUGUGGAUAUUCCUCGGCUGCAGAAGGGCCGCGUCGGUGGUACCUUUUGGAGUGUCUACGUGCCAUGUCCUGCUGAUGGAGCCAACUUCUCCGACGAGAAUUAUGCAGCAAGUGUGCGUGAGACGAUCGAGCAGGUGGAUGUGAUGUCGCGUGUUCAACAAGCCCAUCCCGAGAUCUUCUCGACGCCUCCCAAUGGCACCACUGCCUUGUCAGCUUUCCGCGAAGGAAAGAUAAUCUCACCCCUGGGCAUGGAGGGCCUGCACUCCAUCGGAAAUUCCCUUGCCCAUCUUCGGAUCUUCUAUGAACUGGGCGUCUCGUACGCAACUCUGACACACAAUUGCCACAACCGUGAGGACGGCAAGAGGCUGAUUUCGGAGAUGAACCGCCUUGGAAUGAUUGUUGAUCUAGCGCAUGUGAGCACGGAGACUAUGCGGGAUGUCUUGGGCGCCGGAAAGUCCGAGUGGACUGGUAGUCGUGCUCCAGUGAUAUACAGCCACAGCUCCGCCUAUGCACUUUGCCCACAUCCGCGCAACGUGCCCGAUGACAUUCUGGAGCUGGUGCGUCAAAAGAACUCUCUAGUCAUGGUCAACUUCGCAACGGACUUCAUCUCCUGCACGGCCUCUGAUCGCGAUGACGGGAUACCCGAUGAGGACCCUGAACAUGCGACUUUAGAACGCGUCGCCGACCAUAUCAUUCACAUUGGGAAGCUCGUCGGCUUUGCACAUGUUGGCAUAGGCAGUGACUUCGAUGGUAUUCCGACAGUCCCACGUGGCCUCGAAGAUGUUUCCAGAUUUCCAAGUCUGAUCGCGGAGUUGCUGAAACGGGGAGUGAGUGACGCGGAUGCAAGCAAGGUGGCAGGCGGUAACUUGCUGAGAGUCUGGGCGGACGUCGAUCAAGUGGCACUUCAAAUGCAGGCCGAGGGAGUUCCUCCCGCCGAGGACUCCUGGUAG